AUGGUUGUUUAUCAUUGUAUUGGAUUCGGAGGCUAUACUUUUUCUGAAAAAUAAACAAAUUAUCCAAUGUUAAGUGGAUUCAGUUGAUAAUUAAAGAUGUGUGACGAAGGGGAAGAUUAUUGCCGGCUAUGCGCAGAGCCAACUACGAAGGAGACGCUUAUAUCACCAGACGGAGACGUGGGAAUAAAUUCCAAAAUAACCAACAAACUAGAAUGGAUAAAUGUUGAUAUUUCUACCACAGAUACUCUUCCUAGAUGCAUUUGUUUUUCAUGCUUCGACCUUCUAGAACGUACUUGGUCGUUUUUGCACAACGUAAGGUUAGCGCAAGCAAAACUAAACUCAAUAUUCUUAAAGAAAAGUGACAGCGAAAAUUCGGAUACCGAUGUUAAAAUCACGGCAAACGAUGAUGGGAAACCGAUUAAUGUUGAUUGGGAGGACUUCGAGAACAUGAAGACGGAAGUAAAACCGGAAAUUGUUAAUGAUACGUUACAAAUUGUUACUGUAGACCCAAAUUCGUUGUUAGAUCUGAAUGCUGUUAAAAUUGAGCAAGCUAGCGAUGUUGAGGGGGCUCCAGCGUCUGAUGGUUUCAAUUCCACAGACAGUGAUACUCCUCUCUAUAUGGCGGCUAAGAAAAAAAAGCUGAAAAAGAAAAAGAAGCUAAAAAAUGUAGAGUUAGGAAUAGAUCCGGAUGAUCCAAAAGGCGCAAUCCCAUUUCCAGCCAUAACUUGGGACGAGUAUAUGUGCCGCUGUGCUGAAUGUGAUGCGCAAUGCAAGAAUAUAAUGUCCUUACGCUUACAUGCGUUACAAAUUCACACUCGUUGCUGCAUAUUCAAAUGUUCGGACUGUAGUAAAGUUAUUAGCAACUACAAAUCUUUUGUAAACCAUGUACGCUCACACAAAAAGCUCUUAAGAUACUGCUGUGAGUUCUGCAAUAAACGUUUUAAUACCGCAUCUGGCCUUAAAAAUCACAGAAACACAUUCCAUUACAACGCAUACAGAAUUACCUGUCCGAAUUGCGGAUCAAUGUUUGAAAACGAGGAACAGCUACAAGACCAUAUGAUAUUAUACACAAAGUCUUACAGACGACGGACUGUGAAGUGUGAAAAGAUGGAAUAUGAAUUAAAAUGUGAACAUUGUCAAAAAGAAUUCAAGUCACGAAGUAACUUACAGCAGCACAAGCUUGUCCACACAGAGCGCAGUAGAGAUUUCUCUUGUCACAUCUGCGGCAAAAUGUUCUUUACUAAAGGAACUCUGAGUACCCACAUGUUGACGCACGAAGACACGAAACCGUUCAAGUGUAAAUUCUGUCCGAUGGCCUUCAGAGCAAGAGGGAACCUCCAGUCUCACAUCAGUCUACACUCCGGUGCUAAACCAUUUGUCUGCGAACAGUGCGGUAAAAGUUUCCGUGUCAAAAGACAUUUGAAAUCUCAUUCUAUAGUGCAUACAGACUUAAUGCCGUACGUAUGUGAGUAUUGUAACAAAACAUUUAGAUUUAAAACCCGUUUGAAUUUACAUUUAAGACAGCAUACUGGUGCGAAGCCCUAUAAGUGUGUUUAUUGUCAGCGGGACUUUACGAAUGGGUCUAAUUUUAAGAAACAUAUGAAACGAAGACAUAAUAUUGAUACUUCAAUGCGCAAACGGUAUAAUAAUGUUGUGGGGAAUGAAGCUAGUAUGGAUGGCAGUGAAGUGGAGACGAAUCAAACGUAAUAAUGAAUUAUGUACAGAUUGUUUAGUUGUUAUUUUGAGUUAUUUGUUUUCAAGCUUUUCUCUGAUUGCUUUUGCAGCAAAAAUUGAUUAAUUAAUCAGUUCAAAGUAUCUUGAUUAAACUGUCAAACACCAAGCGGUCACCGGUGACCGCA